UCAGAAUGUAGCCACUGAAACCAGGGACCACCUCCAGAUCAAGGAAUUCCACAACAAUGUGCUAGUUCAUACAAAAUACCAGAACAAACAAAAUUUUCAGAGCAACUCAAAGGGUUUUUAGUAAAUUCCAAGCUCUGUUGUAAACCGUUAGUAACAGAAGCUAGUAGCAUUAGCAUUAAUCCCAUUCUUGCUUUCAUGGAUAUGCAUCCCGAAUGGUCCUGGUUUACAAUGGUGCCUGUUAAUUUGAUCUAGAAGACAUGAAAAAUAAAACAUCCUGACCACACUUGGGGUAAAACCUUAGCACAACCUUGAUGCUUCCAGAAAACCUGCCAGCGAUGCCUCAGUAUAGAUGAUGGCGCUACAGUCUCCACGGAAAUGCAAGAGAUUACCAAAGUAUGUCAACGUUUGAAUAUCUUGAAAAUCCCAUCAUGGUUGAAACAAAACUACGGUACAAUGACUCUGACUGAGGCAUUGGCAAGGUUUCAAACCGUCACCUUCCUUAUGAAAGUGAGAACAAGGCUUUAUUAUUUGCUUUUAUCUCAUUUUUUUCUGCCUUAUCAGCUGCCAUGAAGAUUCCAGAGAAUUUUUUUUUUUUUUUUUUUACAGAAAACACCCACUAGGUGGCGAUAGAGACAGUGUGACCUCUCGUUGUGUUGUCCAUUGUUUCAGGCUUUGUGAUGGACAUUUAAGACGUGAUCAGGAUCCAGUGAUAAUCACAAACGUACAGUCGUGUUGUUGAUCUCGGCAGCGCCCUGCCAUCAUUACCAACCAACCACUCGUGAUCCUGGACAAGUUCAGACACAACAGUGUCGUCCCACAGGCAGGAACCUGAGGAAUUUCGUCACCUGGUAAACACCCUGAUUUUCCAUGUAGCAGUUUUCUGACUGCACAGGAUGUGUCAGCACUUCCCAUCACAGCAUCUUCUGCUUAAUUGAUUCAUCUCGCGGCCGCACAGAAACACUCUCAGAAAAAGUGAAGUGGCAUCCUGCCCCGUGAGAUACAUCCUUCUGUUUAAACUCCACCUCCGGCUGCUCGAUAAGUGAUUCCUCUCUCAAAGAUCAGUCCCACUUUCACACCACGAGGACUGAGAACCCAAACAAGGCAGGACGUGUUCAGUCUGCAGGCUGUGAAGCGUUUUGUUCCGCGGGUUACUCUGCAGUGUGUCUUUACUGCCGCGGUUUUCACUGAGCUGCAGGAUCGCUGGGAACCUGCCAGACCAGAACUGUGGAAUUUGACAGAUCCCAUCGUGUCUGAGAAAAGAGACUGAACAACAGGAAACUGCAACCAGCUCAGACUUUAAGGAAUUAAAGGAACUCUGACUGCCAGAAGGUUUAGAACUUCCAGCACGGAUACCAGCAGUCAAAAAACCAUGUCUCAAGUGAAUUCAUCAAUCGACAACUGCAACACGCCCAACGAGGUCACAUACAAGACGCUUUCUGGGCUGAUGAUUUGUCAGUUCGUGGUGGGGCUGCCGCUCAACCUGUCCGUCCUCUACAUCUUCCUCUUCAGGUUCAAGUUCUGGAAAACCAAAAGCAUCUUCCUCUUCAACAUUGUGGUCGCUGACUUCCUGUUGGUGGCUUGUCUUCCUGCCAAGGCUUACUACUACCAACACGGGCUGCGGCGCAGCAACAACCACAUCAUGUGCAAGAUCAUGCUCUUCAUGUUGUUCCUGAACCGCGGAGCCAGCAUCGCCUUCCUGACCAUGCUCUCCAUCGACCGUUACUUCAACGUGGUGCAUCUGGGCCGGAGGAACUUUGUCAAAAUAAUAAAGAAAUCUCCUCAGGUUUCCGUCGUCAUCUGGCUGCUGCUGCUUCCUCUCACCACCCCCACCAUGGUCAACACCUUCGAGUGCUGCCACAGCCACAGCCACGAGUACGAGUGGCCGGGUCAUAAUGUGGCCGACACCUUCAGAGAAAUCGUCGUCUUCUCACAGAUCAUCAUCCCCUUCAUCAUUCUGGUCUACUGCACGGUGCGAGUCAACCGGCGGCUGAAGAAGAAGACUGUGGGCGAUAAGACCAAGCUGAGGAGGGCCGUGUGUGUGGUCACGUCUGUCGUGCUUGUCUUCACCAUCUGUUUCCUGCCAUGCACCCUGGCCAGAGUGGCUCUGCUGACAGUCCGCGCGUACGCCGAAUACAACAAUGAUAAGUCGUGGCAGGGUGCAGAGGACAUUGCAGUUCAAGUCUAUGAUGCCCUGGUGGUUCUUUCCUACACAGACUGCCUGUUAGACCCUCUGAUAUACUGCUUCUGCCAGUCGGGGUUUAAAGAUGCCUACAUAUCUACCUUCUGUCCCCAUUUCAUCAAAAGGAGACUGCUGAGCAGCAACUCCAGCACACAAACUGGAACGACAACAACAACCACAUCUGGAAUAAGAACAAUUAUCUCGCCCCUGACUGAGAAAUGAUGCCUAGAUUCAUUUAUUUUUUUAUGAUUUUUUGUGGGACAACAGAGUUUGUUUCCGUUUAAGGCUCAACAGACUGGAGGAGUUUUCAGUUUUGUUGUCAGGUUCAACUUUUGGCAACAGAGCCGGCAGUGUUCAGUGCUUGUACAGAAGAUACACAUCAAACCUCACAGCUUUCUGGUUCACAAACUCCAUAGCUACAGGUAACGAGCAUUUCUUUUAAAAAGUAAAACAUAAUGAAAUUGGGAUUCUCCUGUUUAUACAUAUAAUGCACCACCAAAUUGGCAUUCUCAUCUCACGUUUGUUUAAUACAGUCUUCUGACGUGUGUGUGUGUGUGUGUGUCGGUGUGUAUAUACAGUAGUGUUCAGAAUAAUAGUAGUGCUAUGUGACUAAAAAGAUUAAUCCAGGUUUUGAGUAUAUUUCUUAUUGUUACAUGGGAA